GUUUAUCCGCAUUUGCGCUGUUGAUCCGUGAACCUAAUUCUCUAUCAACUGUGUCGUCAUUUAACGUUUAGCGUAAUACCCCGUUAAAUGUUCGACGCUGAACCUUUCAUUUCACGUUUCCGUUCACGUUUUCAAACCGGAAAUACAGUAAAAGAGUGACCCUGAGCUCCUGUCGGUGCCGAGAUAUGGGAGUUAAAAUAGAGAUAUUCCGGAUGAUGCUGUAUCUUUCCUUCCCGGUGGCAAUGUUUUGGAUUUCCAACCAAGCAGAAUACUUUGAGGAAUACAUUGUGAAGAGAAAGAGGGAAAUAUUUCCACCAGAUGAGAGAAUACAGAGACAAGAGCUUGAAGACUUUAAGGAGCGAAUGAGAAUUCGCCGGGAGCAAAAAAUACUGAAACAACUGGGCAUGGAGACAAAGGAAUGAACACGAGAAAGUGAAUCAUGUCUUCAGUCCUCAAACGGAGGCCCAACAGACAUAUGUAAUAUUGUAACGAGACAAUAAAGAGCCUGGGGUUUAUUCCUUAAUUAAUAGCAUAUGCUUUGGAGAUCGUAUAUUGUUUGUGUAUUGAGAAUGUAUUUUGUCUGCGACAAUUUAUGAGAUGAGACAGACGUUCACGAUCUUCAGAGUAAUAUUUUACGUUCAUAAUGCAUUUUAAGAACACGGGCUUGUUAUUAUAAUGUAUUCAUUAUUUAUUUGUAAAGCAACUGCAUUUUUGUAACAUUCCAGAACCUUUUAUUAAACUUAAGUGUUUGUUUUA